AUGUGCGACAGUGACAAAGAGUGGGCUGAAUUCAAGGCUAAAUACGGCAAGUUGUCUUUUCGUGUAAAUAAUUCUCGUGUUGAGAGGAGAAGAGUAUAUGACAGUCCUGAAGAGGAGGCUAUGCGUUACCAGUUAUUCAGGAAUACUGUGGAAAUGGUGAAAAAACAUAAUGAAAGUUUUGAGAAGGGCGAAGAAUCAUUCUCGAUGGCGGUGAAUUAUUUUGCUGAUUGGGUAUGUGCGCGUCAUUUUAUUUACUUAUUAAAUUAUAAAUAUAAAAUCGAAUUGUUGAAAUAA